UUCAAGAUUAAUAUCACCAAGGUUGACUUACCCAUAAGGUGAUGCUUUACCGAUGUAGAAAGUGCAGAUAUCGUUUGUUUACUGAUGAAUGUGUUAUUACAGAACAUGGAAAGAAAGAUGAGGUUUGUCCUGCGGCUUGUGUAACAACCCAGUGGUAUGUGUCGUCAGAGUCAGAAAACACACCACAGUGGAUAUAUCAAGCAAUUAAUGAGGGGUUUUGGAACAAAGGCAAAUUGUACUGUCCAAAAUGUAAGGGAAGGAUUGGAUUGUUUGACUUCACUUCAGGAAACAAAUGUCCCUGUGAGGAGUUCACACUGCCUCAUGUUCAUGUUCUGUGUUGCAGAGUGGACCAAAUUUCACAGGUUCGACAACAAGACGUAGCUGUACCAUGUCAAAGAAUGCCUUCUGAAGAUAAGGACAGCACUGAAUUGGAUCAGUUGCCUUCUACAUCUAGAACUGGAGCUUCAGGUCCAGAUCUCACAAACUUAUAUAUCACUGAGAGAAAAAACAAAAGGCUACGGAAGAGAAGAAUGGUGAUACAUGAAGAACAUGACGACAACAAGGAGCAGCCAUAUGUUGUCUGUAGCAAUCAGUUUGAAGUAUUGGAACAGGAAGUAAUAGAAGAAGAUAAUGGCCAAAAUGUUGAAAGAGAAAAUAAACAGACAGUAGAAGCGGAGAACACUGUUGACAAGUCAUUUUGGGAGCUUCCUGAUGAAUUUACGGUAUCCAUGGACCACUGUUGUCCGAUUUGUCUGGAACUUUAUUGUCUCCCUACGGAAUGUCAGCCAUGCCAUCACGUAUACUGCAAUUCCUGUCUUCGCAGAUUGGCUCGGGGAAGGCCUCGGUGCACGCUCUGUCCAUUGUGUAGAAAGGUCAUAGUCACAUGUAUCAGAGACAAAGAACUAGAGGUGAAACUCGCAGACCUCUAUCCUGAAGAGUACAGGAAAAGAUUUCAGAAGGAGCGAAAGCUGUGUUCAGACCGCUUUCAUCCCCUCCCUUUCUAUAAUCAACACACGACACGGAGACUUCGGAACAACGUACUCGAGUUCAACAAGACUUGUGUGGUUUUGUUUGCCGUCUUGCUUGCAAUCAUCUUCUGUAUUACUCCUUUGAUAUCCCUGGCGCUUAUCUCCUUUAAAUUAUUGUCAUUUUUUCUAGAUUCCUUGAUUUAUUUUCUAGACUCCGCCCUCACUGUUAUGGCUGUGCAUGAUAUUAUACAGCUGUUUUGAAAAUAAAUUUAAUCAUUGAACUAUUUUUUUAUGAGUUGAAUAUACUUGUUUAGAUGCAUUUUUAUCAGAGUAAUAAUUGUAACAUAAUUGUAAGUCGUUAACUUUUAUCUUUAGUAAGGUCUCUGUUAUUUGUUAUAA